AUGGGACCCCCCACCCAGGUUUUGGCCUGUGCAAUCUUAGCUUUGCUGUACCAGCAUGUCAAUGGUGGACUCAUCAAAAGAAUUAUCCGGCAGAAGCGGGAGACUGGGCUAAACGUGACCUUGCCAGAGGAUAAUCAGCCUGUGGUUUUUAACCAUAUCUACAACAUUAAGUUGCCUGUUGGCUCCCUUUGCUCUGUGGACCUGGAGACAGCGAGUGGUGAUGCAGACCUGAAGGCGGAAAUUGAGCCUGUCAAGAAUUACGAGGAGCACACAGUGAAUGAGGAGAACCAGAUUGUCUUCACGCAUCGUAUUAACAUUCCCCGCCGGGCUUGUGGCUGUGCAGCUGCCCCUGACAUUAAGGAUCUGCUGAGCAGACUAGAGGAGCUGGAGGGGCUGGUAUCCUCCCUGCGGGAGCAGUGUGCCAGUGGGGCUGGAUGCUGUCCUAAUUCACAGGCAGUAGAAGGUCGCCUGGACACAACACCCUAUUGCAGUGGACAUGGCAACUACAGCAUUGAAAUCUGCGGCUGCGUUUGUGAGCCUGGCUGGAAAGGCCCCAACUGCUCUGAACCAGACUGCCCACGCAACUGCUUCAACCGAGGCCUCUGUGUCCAGGGCAAAUGCAUCUGCAAUGAAGGCUUCACUGGUGAGGACUGCAGCCAGGCCACCUGCCCGUCUGACUGUAACGACCAAGGCAAGUGCGUGGAUGGGGUUUGUGUGUGCUUUGAGGGUUACACAGGCACAGACUGCAGCGAAGAGGUCUGCUCCCAGGGAUGCAGUGUGCACGGGAGCUGUGUGAGCGGGCAGUGUGUGUGCCACGAGGGCUUCACCGGCAAGGACUGCAGCGAGCCCCUCUGCCUCAACAACUGCCACAACCGUGGGCGCUGUGUGGACAAUGAGUGCAUCUGUGAUGAGGGCUACACUGGCGAAGACUGCAGUGAGCUCAUCUGCCCCAAUGACUGCUUCGACCGUGGGCGCUGCGUCAAUGGGACCUGCUUCUGCGAGGAAGGCUUCACUGGGGAGGACUGCGGGGAGCUGACCUGCCCUAACAACUGCAAUGGCAAUGGGCGCUGCGAGAAUGGGCUGUGCAUCUGCUUUGUGGACUUUAUAGGGGAUGACUGCAGUGAGAAGAGGUGCCCAAAGGACUGCCACAGCCGUGGGCGCUGCGUGGGAGGGCACUGCAUCUGCCAUGAGGGGUACCAGGGUGAGGACUGUGGGGAGCUGCGGUGCCCCAACGACUGUCACAACCGUGGACGCUGUGUCAAUGGGCAGUGCGUGUGCCACGAAGGAUUCAUUGGGGAGGACUGCGGGGAGCUGCGGUGCCCCGGUGACUGCAACAACCGCGGGCGCUGUGUCAAUGGGCAAUGUGUGUGCCACCAAGGAUUCAUCGGGGAUGACUGUGGCGAUCUGCGGUGCCCCAAUGAUUGCAACAACCAUGGACUCUGUGUCAAUGGACAGUGUGUGUGUGAGGAGGGGUACACAGGGGAGGACUGUGGGGAGCUGCGGUGCCCUGAAGACUGCCACAAUCGUGGGCGCUGUGUGGAGGGGCGCUGUGAGUGUGACAAUGGGUUCACGGGGGAGGACUGCAGUGAACUGUCCUGCCCCAACGACUGCCACCGACGUGGGCGCUGCAUCAACGGGCGCUGUGUAUGCCAUGAGGGCUUCAUAGGGGAGGACUGCCGUGAACGGUCCUGCCCCAACGACUGCAACAAUGCAGGCCGCUGUAUCGACGGACAGUGUGUCUGUGAAGAUGGUUACAUGGGGGAUGACUGCUCCGAUGUGUCUCCUCCAACAGAGCUGACUGUCACAAAUGUAACAGAUAAAACCGUAAAUCUGGAAUGGAGGCAUGAGAAUCUCGUCAAUGAGUACCUCAUCACCUACGUCCCUACCAGCAGUGGUGGCUUAGAUAUGCAGUUCACUGUGCCAGGAAAUCAGACAGCUGCCACCAUUCAUGAACUGGAGCCAGGUGUAGAAUACUUUAUCCGUGUCUUUGCAAUCCUUAAAAACAAGAAGAGCAUUCCAGUCAGUGCCAGGGUAGCAACAUAUCUGCCUGCUCCAGAAGGUCUGAAAUUCAAAUCUGUUAGAGAAACGUCCGUCCAGGUGGAGUGGGAUCCUCUGAACUUUUCAUUUGAUGGCUGGGAGCUGGUCUUCCGCAAUAUGAAAAAGGAUGAUAAUGGAGAUAUAACCAGCAGCUUGAAAAGGCCAGAGACAUCUUACAUGCAGCCAGGUUUGGCACCAGGGCAACAGUAUAAUGUAUCCCUUCAUAUAGUGAAAAACAAUACCAGAGGACCAGGACUAUCCAGAGUAAUAACCACAA